ACCACCCUGUCGAGUUGUAAGGGGACAGUGAUGUGACGUAAACGACGAUCCAAACAAGUAUCAGCUGUGUGGCAGUCAUUGUUCGUGUUCGUUUUGGCAGUCGCACAAAAAUCGGAAUUUCUCCCUUUUUCUCGUUUUGACGAUUCUCAUCUGCAAAGCGCGGCUCUCACGUGCCUCUGGGCGCAUUCUGCGGCCUUCGUAGCAGGGAAACGGGGAGAACCAGGGCAAACCCAAGUCCCGAGGUUUUCCUGCCUGUGACCGUGGCUGCGUGCGUUUUUGAGCCCUAGCCCCAGUCCCACCAGCCAUCCUCGGGAUAAUAAUCGUGUGAAAAACGGGGCGGUACGUGCAUAAGCCUGGCCUCGAGCGGCGAGUCGGACGACGGUGGACUCGCUCCGCCACCGCGCAAAAGGUCCCGUAGUUCUAUCCCGACUACCCCACGGCCAGCGGACGAGCACCACACCAACGCAGACAUGGAGAGCUAUCGAGCGAUGCAGCAAGCCUCCAAUGGCGGAGCUGUUUCAUCCGGUCCACAACAAAACGGAGCGACAUCGGAUUCUGGUGGACCUCAAGUAAACGGGAACAUAUCCACAGAGACGGAUGAUGUGAAUGGGAUCAACGGCGAAGCCAGUCCAUCAAUAGGGCCACCGAAAGUCAUGGACAAAACAAACCAAGACAUCGUGCGUCUCAUCGGACAGCAUUUGAAGACAGUUGGUCUAGAUCGUACAGCUGAUUUACUCAUGCAAGAAUCUGGCUGUCGCCUAGACCAUCCGUCAGCCGCAAAAUUCAGACAGCACGUCAUGGACGGCGAUUGGAGUAAGGCGGAUCAUGAUCUCAACGAACUCAAGUCCUUCCUGAAUGGUGCUAGCCAAAGUUUAGUGGAAAUGAAAUUCUUAUUACUGGAGCAAAAGUACCUUGAAUAUCUCGAAGAAGGUCUCGUGCUAGAGGCCUUACAAGUUCUUAGAAACGAACUCACACCCUUAGGACAUAAUACUGGUCGCGUUCAUCAGCUGUCCGCGUUCAUGAUGUGCAGUGGUCGUGAUGAACUACAAACACGAGCAGGAUGGGAAGGCAAAGGUACAGCCUCAAGAACUGCAUUGAUGGACAAGCUGCAAAGGUUUCUUCCGCCCUCCAUUAUGCUACCUCCUCGCCGACUACAUUCUCUUCUUUGUCAGGCAGUCGAAAUGCAAAAUCAGCAGUGUACAUACCACGUCACGCAUUGUCAGACGGGUUUGGAAAGCGUAUCUUUACUAGUGGAUCACAGUUGUAGCAAAGAACAAUUUCCUUGUCAUACCACGCAAAUCCUUAAUGACCAUUGUGAUGAAGUGUGGUACUGCAAAUUUUCACCCGAUGGUCUCAAACUGGCAACUGGUUCUAAAGACAUGACCGUUAUCAUUUGGGACGUUGAUCCGGAAACGUUAAAAGUAACGCACAGAAAGACGUUGGAGGGGCACACAUACGGCGUAGCGUUGAUCGCUUGGAGCCCAGAUAGUAGUCACCUCAUAGCUUGCGGACCCGAGGACUGUCCAGAACUUUGGCUCUGGAGCAUUGACACCCCAGAUUGCGACCUUCGUGUGAAAUUAACGCAAAGCACAGAAGACUCUCUCACAGCAUGUGCCUGGCAUCGCGACUCCAACAAAUUCGUCGCAGGAGGAAUGCGUGGUCAAUUUUAUCACUGCGACAUGGACGGAAACGUCUUAGACUCUUGGGAUGGAGUGCGAGUGAAGAGUUUGUGGUGUAGAAGCGAUGGUAAAACGGUUUUAGCUGCCGAUUCUCAUCAUCGCAUUCGAGCUUACAACUUUGAUGAACUGUGUGAUUUUACGAUAUUGCAAGAGGACCAUCCUGUAAUGUCCUUUAGUGUGAAUAAGGCUGAUCGGCAAGCCCUGCUUAAUGUAGCCAACCAGGGCGUGCAUCUUUGGGACUUACAGGACAGAUGCUUAAUUAGACGCUUCCGAGGUGUUAUACAAGGACACUUUACAAUUCAUAGUUGCUUCGGAGGUGUUAAUCAAGAUUUCAUUGCAUCGGGCAGUGAAGACCAUAAAGUGUAUGUUUGGCAUAUAAGAAAAGAAUCGCCUAUUGCAACAUUAACCGGGCACAGUAGGACUGUAAACUGUGUUUCUUGGAAUCCGGUGUAUCAUCAGAUGAUGGCAUCGGUUUCGGACGACUGUACAGUUCGAAUAUGGGGUCCACAGUCCACUUCACCAGAUAGGACAGAUAACGCCAUGCCAGAGAGCAAUUCAUCAAACGGUAGUGGAUGGCAUGAGGUGGUGUCGUAGCAAACUUCUACGAAUCCAUCUACCCACAACUCCACGGUGUUCAAAAGACUGUCGUGUUGACUAUCGCGCUGACUCUCUCCUGCCCUCUUCAAGGAUCGCCUCACAUUUUGUGAGUCACCAACUUCGAAUUGUCGACUAUCCUGUGGCAUCGUCGUCUUGUUACGAACAAAUCAUCAAGCGGGAACUGUGUAAUAAGAGUAUCCGCGUGAAUCUUUUUUUCGUAGACCAAUUUGUGAAUUAGAUAAAGUUAGAAGAGUGAGGAGGAAGAAGAGAAAGAAGAAAGUGACUAGGAUGAAGAAACACUGCGAAAACUUUCGCACCAGCGAUUUUGAAACUAUUUAUAUUACGUAAGUAGUUUCACAAGAACGAAAGCAUAAUGGCAGUAAGUAGUUUGAAGCAUCAUAGAAUCUAAGCAUUGUUCUUAGAUUCAGCAUAAAUUCACGAAGUUCUGGGAAAACGACAGAUAUAUCGCAAAGUAGUUAUUACCUUAACGAUAUUAAACAGAAAAAUGAAAAAAAAAAAAUUUACAAUUUACCACGAAGUACUCGAAUUUCGUGCAAUUUAUUCAAUGAGGAUUUAAUCAAUUGUAAACUUAUCUUUACACCAUUAAGUUGAAAGUCAAGAAAAAUUAGGAUUGAUUAUUUUAUCUGAUCUCAGUUUACCAAAAUUUCGGAUGCCAAAAAAUGUAAUGUUCCUAAACCAAUAGCCAGUUUUCUACAAGUGACCUUUUAAUUUUUCUUUUUUCCUACAUCCUAACUUUUAUUUAUUUGAAAAAUGCAUAAGCCAACAGUCGAUUAGACCAGUUAUCAAUUAAUCUAUUGGAUGAAACAUCUCUCUGUUUGUAUAAGGAAGGCUAUGGUUUUGGAAAAAUAAAAUUGCGGGCAUGAUAAAAUUUAGAUGAAUAAAUAUCGAACCGAUUCUUCACUUGAGACAGCCAAUCGCAUACUAUUAUUUGCUGACAAACGGGAAAAUAAAAUAAAAAGAAUCAAGAUUAUCAGAGAUCGAUAUUCUCGUCUGUGUAUUUUUCGGGGUAAAAUUCAACUCUCAUGGCAGUCACCAGAAAGGAAGCGCAUCGAGACAUAUUAAGUUAACGGGUCACACUUAACAAUUCUUAGAUCGAGGAAAAGUAACGCGAAGACUCUGAAACUAGAUUUUAUUUAUAUUUAAUUAAUCGAGUGAUUUUUAGUGUAGAAACCUUAACAUUGGACAGGCUAUAAAAGCGUUAGCUUUGUCUUAUUAACUGCCAAUUAUUUUCCUUUUUUAAUUUUUAACAGCCAUUAAAAUUACUAUACCAAGAUUGUAAGGUUCACUGUCUUUUUCAAGUCGUAAAACAAAGCAGUCUUUAACUCAAUAUAAUUUAAUCAAAAUUUAAAUAUCUGAAUAUUCAUUCGUUCAAAUUGAAAUCAAAAUUAUUGAUUGAAAGUAAGUAAAUUGAAUAGGGCUUUCAUUACAAGGGUCAAGAAUUCCAAACUAUCACUAAAAAAACUUAAAUAUUUUUCUUAUAUUUUAUCAUAGUUUCACAAAAGCUUAUUCUCAACUCUUUGUGGAGUAUAUAAUCUCUACAGAAUGGCAGUUAAUGGGACGAAAAAUAUUCUCGCGGGAUAAAUAUUAGGUAAAAGGCUUGUAAUGCGUUAAGAGCAAUUAAAUAUAUAUGUACAGAAGACUUUUCAAUAAACGAUAUUAAAAUUACUUAUAGUUGCAUGUAAAA